AUGGGGGUGGCCCAGAUCAGUUACUUUCUUGUGGACAAUCAUUUAAUUUCUGCCUUAGUUGAACGAUGGAGACUAGAGAUCCACACGUUUCACAUGCCCUUUGGCGAGUGUACUAUCACGUUGGAGGAUGUUGCAAUGUUACUUGGGUUGAAGAUCUUUGGGGCACCCAUUACUGGAUACGCAACUAUGGAUUGGGUAGGUCUUGUACAACGCCUUCUUAGCAUGACACCCCCUGAGUUAGUGCUUGUUGGCGGUCGAUUGAGGAUGAGUUGGAUUGACCGACACUUCUCUGAUGUAUCUGAGCAUAUACAUAGCCAGGAACAGUUGGAACACCAUACUAGAGCGUUCAUUUUAUGCAUGAUCGGGAGAUAUCUAUUAACUUAUCACUCUAGCUCCUUUGUAUCCCUCAGAUACCUGAGUUUGCUAGAAGACUUUGAUGCUUUUGGUCAUAUGAGUUGGGGCUCAUGCGUGCUAUCAAAUAUGUACAGCGAGUUGUGCGUGUGA